AUGAAUCAGCUUUUGACGAAUAACAUUGAAUUCAAGCCUUCGGCUGAUUCUAAGAAACAUACGUUGUCACCAUCUGCUAGCGGGGCGUCGGUCAUUGGUAUAAAGUACAAAGACGGGGUUAUAAUUGCCGCAGACGUACUCGUGUCGUAUGGCUCGCUUGCCCGGUACACCAAUUUCGACCGUGUCGCAAAGGUAAACUGUUAUAAUACUAAAGCCCGAGAAAGGUUAAUGAUAAAACCAUUUUAGGUUGUUCUGGCGACAUAGCUGAUUUCCAGCUCUUACUUCGGCACAUUCAGCAGCAAACACUUCUGGACAAUUUACUUAACGAUGGAUUCACGACCAGGUUCGCACGGAUUUCUGUCCUUAUUUCUUCUUUUAGUCCCCAAGCUCUUCAUUCGUGGAUUACACGUGUUAUGUACAAUCGCCGUUCACAGUUUAACCCUCUAUGGAAUACUUAUCUCGUUGGGGGCGUUUCUAGCGAUAACAAACCGUUCCUCGGCUACAGCAACAUGCUCGGCGUUUGUAGGUUCAUUCUUAAUGGGUGUGAUUCCUUCUGAAGAGCUUUUUGUUUUCUAUUCAGCGAGCAAAUUCUCUUGCGGUGAUUAUUUUAAAUCCUUUGGCAAUCGGUACUUUACUUGACGGUUUUAGCCUUCUAGCUUUGAUCUUUCGCAUAGUAACCAAGUCGAUUUAUUUGAUGCUUGUCUUCAUCAGCGCAGUUUGCACAGGUCGAGAUACUGGCUGGGAAAGACUAAAGGGGGACUAGUCUUAAUGUGGUCGUCUAGGCCCUUUUAAGUAACUUGUGCAUCAUGAUACUUCCUGCCAAAUCGAAAGCAUUUGCAAAUGUUUUCUUGGUCCGCGUUAUCUAGCUAGCCAUUCUAGACUUACGAAUUAAGAAUAUGCUUUAUACCACCUGAGAUACUAGUCAUAAGUUCUAGAAAAUGUCGGGCUGUUGCAAGAGUCACCUGAAGUGAACGGCAGGAGCCCUUCCCACUCCCUUCACGGACGACUGAUCUUAGACUUGUGGGCCAGGAAAACAUCACAGUUUUUGACUUGAUUUUAUCAUCAAAAACGUUCUAAAGCCUCAAUCGUUUCAUCAAGCGUUUACUGAAAACUGUGUGGCAACCGGAUUUGGCGCUUAUCUCGUGGCUCCGACUCUACGAAGAUUCCUUGAUACCAAGGCAAAUGGCGACCCAGAUCAGCUGUCCUACGAAGAUGCUUUGAUGGCAAUCAAAGAGAGCCUAAUGAUGCUUUACUAUCGUGAUUGCAGGUCAGUUACCGGUGCAGUCGACGCACGACUGGCUUUUUUUAUAAAGAGGCUUUAAGGUUUCCCCUUAUGUCUUACGGCUGUUUUAAUUACUCACGUGUCGGGUCUUGAUCGUGCUGUCUGCAUCUCUCGCACCUUUUUUUUCUUAUUAACUGUCACCAUGCCAGUUCUAGGCUACAUUUUGAAUAUGCAAACCAACUUCAUUUUUUUCAGAAAUAGCCUUUUGUGACUUUGCUUCCUUUCUUGAUGAAACUUCAGCCGUCCCCUGCUGAAUAGGUGCAGCGCAUGCAGCCAGAUUUUUUGGUUUGGAUGUCACCAAUAAAGGACGAAUUGCGUUUCGCAGAGGGUUUUCCGAGCAAAACAAUGCUGCAGUAUAACCGAAGGGGCUUUACCCUCCCUGAAUGCCAUUAUAGUGGUCUAAUGUUCCCAGGAGCCGCGUACAUCGCACAGCAAAAGAAGACGGAUGGGAAAGACAACCUUUUCGGGACUCCACCCACGCACUGUUGCCUGAGCUAGGAUGAAUAAUAUUCAUAAAAGCUAGGCGCAUUUAAAAACCGAACAUCAGCUUUCGGGACCAACUCGGUGCACCAAAGCAGCUCAGCCAAAAAAAUCAUAAUUUACCCUCUACUGUUCCGCAUCUCCCUGUAGUCUAAACCUGAGCUAGAAUGUCAACAUCACUUUUAAGUGCGCGCACUUAUUUCGUCCAGCAUCAGUAUUAGUUAAGUCGACCUUAGAGUUAACAAGUUACGAACGAUCAUGAGGAUUCGCAGAAAUAUCGUUCUGAGAACCGAUGGUUUGGACCGUAUUCCGUAUGGUGCGGUUGUUGAGAAAGCCCUACAGGAUGACGGAAACAUUCACCAUGCCAUAAUGCCACUGUUACUUCUGACGUUUUUCAGGCGACUGACCUACCAGAUCGCGUCCAGUCACACCUCAGAGUAUUGGUCCCGCAUGACCCGCGACGCAUUUUCGUUAGGCUAGCACCAUUUUGUUGGACAAAGCCCGUAGAUUGGCACCGUCUUGCCAUCUGACACCCGAUUCGAGAACUGCAAAAUAGCCGACACCCGGACCCAGUUCGCGCUUUUGACCGAGCCUACCCUCUGUUUACGUACACGAGAAAACUUUGGUGUAUACUACUUUAUUGAGUUGGCAAAGUCAGACUGUCCAGUUACGCCUUUGUUUUUGCAUUCAAUUAGAAGAAGGUAGUCGAUAUUACCCUUCUGAGAAGGGCAGGACUAAUCGCUCACCGUAAGGUAUGAAGGAUCUGUGCAUGCAUGUUGCUUGUCAUGAAUUAACGAAACAAUGCUAACCUGGCGCCCUGGUAAUAAUUGGCAACACAAAAAUAUCUACUCCCAUCCUGUUAUCAAGAUCGAUCGGUAAACCCCCCCUUAUGCGUGGUUGCAUAUUCAUGAUCUCAUCCAGCACACCAUGAGCUUGUCGUGACACGAUAAGAACGUUUUCCAGUAAUCGUUUGGCUCGUUUGCAGCCUGGAGUUUGAUCAUCGUUAGUUGAUGAUGGUAAACAAGCCGGAAAUGACCCCCUAGAUGCACUGCCUUUGUCAGAGAAAUUUGUUGCUAUUGCUCAGCAGCAAAAUGUUGGUACAUCGAUUUCACUACGCACAAACCGCCGCAAUAAAGCGCCCUUGAUCCUUCUGAUUUUCGUGUUCUAGUCCCACCUCCCUGGCCACCUGAUUCGUACGAAGUUGCAGCUUGAAAAAACUACUGAAUAACGGUUACCCCACUCCCCCUUCCCACUGCAACACCAUGUGAUGCUUUUAGCAACUACCAUUUAGGAGAGGUUUGAGUCGCUUAAAGCUUUCCGAGUAAGCUUAAGGAGGAUGGGGGAAGAGCAGUCCUAACCAUCUGCGUAGAUCUCGUGUUCUUGGGUCGGUGGUUUGAUACGAUCGAAAUGUCAGCAAGGACACUGCUUUGUAUUAGUACUACCUUGCAGUCGUCCGGAGGUACAGACAAGCCUCCGGGCCGUGCUGUUCAGGGGAUCAGGAUGCUUGUUGCUGUACUAGUUCCUGACAAACGGGAGUAGACCUGGCUCAUGGGUCCGCAUAGUAGGCAUAAACAGAGCCUUAGCAAUUUUUUUCCUAGACAACCGUUCAUCGAGAAAGAAUGAGAGAUAUUAGUUGACGCCAGUUUUUGGAAUGACUGCGAGCGGGGACGUUUUUUCUUGUGGCGCCAAAUUCGCCAUGCUUGCCGAACGAUGAGGACUUUAAGCUUCUCAUUGUCAGCAUGUUUUACGACUUCAGUCGGUCUGCUUCUCGUAAAUUCCACCCAGAGCCUACCUGGAUGCAGAAGAGGUUUGUAAAAAAUAACACACAGGAGUCUGACAACUACUUACAAAGCACUGUUCACCAGGGUAAAAAAUGCCGUGCAUUACAGAGGAGAAUCCACUAGGCUACUUUUGCUCACUGUGUCCGAAAGCUUCAGGCCCAUCGGUUGGAGGAAUUACUGUCUAUUCCUCCUAGAUAUUAUUUUGGUUGCACAAGUCAUUUAACUGUUCCUGUAUUGAUUACAGAGCCUGUGGGACUUUGCGACAAUCGAGUGUCCUAAUUAUCUCGCCCUCAAUGUUUGCCGCACUUUCACACAUGCAUUUGCCUUCCGCGGUUCAUUCCGACCCUUUCUAUUUCCCCUUAGGGCAUACGGUGUCUACAAGCUUGCCCAUGUGACCAAGGAUGGCGUGGAGGUGUCCGAAGACCAGAAGUUGGAGACGGACUGGCAAAUUGCCGAGGCUGUGGCGGGCUAUGAGUGA